AUGCUCCGCAUAAUUAAUCCCUCUCGCGCUCAACCGGCAGCACGAAAUUUAACUCUUGUUGCCAAGAGAUUUCAGCAAUCCUCCAGUUCGUCAGGUUCCGCAAGCACUGCUUCGACGAAAUCGACGCCAGGUUCAACCUCAAGUCAAGCUAAAACGACCACAACACCACCACCACCAACUUCGAGACCUGUCACAUCCUCAUCAUCAUCAUCCUCGUCAGCUGGCGCUAGUGCUGGAGGCAGCGGCGGCACAGUUAAAGCAGUUGUCUAUGGCCUUGCACUAGGUCUCGGUGUCACGCUUGUCUAUGCUGAAUAUGACAAUGGUCCAUUCCGUCGCAAAGUUGAAUCGACAAUUCCAUUGAGUUCAACAAUUUUAGCUGGACUCGAUAAAAUCAUCGACCCUGUGUUCGGUCGUCACAAGAAAUUGACAACUAUCAUAUCGGAAAAAAUGCCGGACUUGUCCGGUGUCACUGAUCGUUUACCUGAUAGGGAACAAAUCCGCAAAGCAGGUGAACAAGUUAAAGAUGCUGCUAAUGCUGCCUACAACAAAUUACCAGAUCAAAAACAAAUUCAAAAGGCUUCUGAACAAGCUAAAGACGCCAUCAAUGAUGCUUAUGAUAAACUGCCCGAAUAUAAAAAAGUAAAAGGUGCUGUCACUCACGCCGCUGAUCAGGUUAAAGAUGCUGUUCACACCGUUCGCGAUGCAUUGCCCGAUCCUAAACAAGUGAAAAAAUCACUCACUCAUGCUAAAGAGCAAGUCGAAGAUACGGCUAAAUCUGUUCGAGAUACCGUUAAAGACGCUCUUCCACAAACAAAAGGUAUAUCUGGUGAUCAAUCACGACGUGGAAAUGAUCCAGUCUUCCUAGAAGACGCCGGUGAAGUUGCUACUCCACCACCACGCAAAUGUUCAUAUGGAAUGAAAUAA